AUGACAACACCCAACCCAAUGACAGCAACACCAGCGCGGGCCUCUGCCCUCCUCGCAAACCUGACAGCCGUCACCGCGCGCAUCACAACCGCCACCCGCCAAUCCCAAACCUCCAAACCAGUCCGACUAGUCGCCGUGUCCAAGCUCAAGCCCGCCAGCGACGCCCUAGCCUUGCACCAACCACCCGCCUCGCAACUGCACUUCGGCGAAAACUACCUCCAAGAACUCCUCGAGAAAUCCCGUCUCCUACCUCCAACCAUCAAAUGGCACUUCAUCGGUGGUCUACAGAGUAACAAGUGCGUGACGCUUGCGCGGGACGUGCGCGGUCUCUGGGCCGUUGAGAGCGUGGAUACGGAGAAAAAGGCCAAGCUCCUUGACAAAGGAUGGGGGGAACGAAGCGAGGAUGUGAAGGCGCAUGCAGAGGACGGGGGACAACUGCGCAUCUACGUGCAGGUGAAUACAUCCGGCGAGGCGAAUAAGGCGGGGAUUGAGCCUGAGGCUGCGGCGGGACUGUGUCGGUAUAUCCGGGAUCAGUGUCCUGGGUUGAAGUUGCAGGGUGUGAUGACGAUUGGGGCGAUUGCGCGGUCGAAGGAGACGACGGCGGAGAAUGUGAAUGAGGACUUUGUUUGUUUGCGGGAGACGAGGGAUCGGGUCGUGAAGGAGUUGGGGUUGGAGGAGCUGGAGUUGAGUAUGGGGAUGAGUUCAGAUUAUGAGGGGGCCAUUGCUCUAGGUAGUGAUCAGGUGCGGGUUGGGACGACGAUCUUUGGUGAUAGACCUCCCAAGGCGGAGGCGGUGGUUUGA